GGUUCGACAUGCCCGCGACGCCCAUGACGCCGCAGCUCAAGCGCGAGCUCGACGCGCUCCGGCUCAGCGCCGCCCUCGACCCCAAGCGCUUCCUGCGCGGCGGCGCCAAGCGCGACAAGGUCGGCGAGUUUUUCCAGGUCGGUCACGUCGUCGCGCCCUCGACGCGCGCGACGACGGCGAGCACCGCACCGAGGGUCCACAAGCGCGGGUUCGUCGAGGAGCUCGUCGAGAGCGAGGAGGCACAGGCCUAUGCGCGCAAAAAGACAAAGGAGGUGCUCGCAAAGACGAUGAGCGGGCGCAAGCGGCAGCGCAAGGGUUACAAGGGCUCGGCCGGCAACGGCGGCGCGAGGAAGUAGUUCGCUCGCUCCGGGCCGGCUGCACUUUAUCGGUGCCU